ACGGUCACUCGCACAGCUGUCCAGAGCGCCUCAUCUCGCCUGCCCCCUCUCCAGGCUGGCGGCCACACUCCUGGCCCUGGUGGACCCACGUCUCUUUCUGGUGUUCCGGAUUGGCACCAGAACCCACCCUUCGCCGUUCACCGUGUGAGCCCGCCCACUGUUGGAGGUUCAUAGUUACCUGAUUAACCAGAUUGCAUCUGCCCUGCCUCGGCCGCGAGUGUAUGGAUUUCUCUGAUACAAAAACCACGAUGGAUGUGCAGACAUGGUAUUUGAGAACCUCAAAAUUGGCUCUGGCCUUGGCAAUUAUCCGUUCAAAACCAGCAGACAAAACCAGCAGAGAAUACACGGAGCAUCUUGCAAUGUUGGUAUCUGAGAAAGAGUCGAAAUGGAAAUCAAAAAUUGAAGUUUUGGAAGCUGAAGUUCUGGAAUUACGUCAAAAACUUCUUCUAAGCAAGAUUUGUUCAGGAUCAUUUAAUAGUGGAAACCUAUCUUCCCAGUUACAGGCUCAGGAACCCAUUUCUGAGAAUACAUUAUCUCUGAUGGAAGAUUCUGGAUGCGAUUUAUCAAAUGAGCAGAGAAUUGAAGCUUCAGAGCUGUCCCAGGAUUUUUUGGAAAGCUGCACACCCACACCUUUUCUACCACUGCCACUUUCGAAAAGACCUAGUGCUACCCCAGGAAAUCCUCUGUCUUCUCACAUGCAGUUUUUGCAACAUCUACUUAAAUUAAAGAAUUUGACAGAAUCAGGUAGUCUGAAAACAGACUUAACCCAUUUUGAGAAAGACUCUUCCACAGUCUCUGAUUCUGUUUUUCAGUUGCUGGAUGGCCUGAUCACUUUCUAUCGUAAUCCCAAACUUCCCUUUUCAAGCUUUUGUACAGAAGCUGUUGGUACUUUGGCUAGCCUGAUCAGUGAUAGUAACUUAUCUAGUCAUAUUCUUAAAAAGUGUUCCAAGAAGUUGGAAGAAUUUGAGAAAACUCUACUACAAGUUAUUUUAGGAAACAACCAUUUAAAUCGGUUUCAGAUGCAGCAUUAUGUCUCACAGAGUCUGGUAACCCUAGGAAGAUGCAGUGUGUUGAGAAAAUCUAUUAUAUCUCUGCUUCUAUCAGAAGUAAACAACUUUGCUGAUGACCUUGGAGCCAUUAAUCAGGCACAAGCAAGUUAUGAUGUGACACGCUAUGAAAAUAUUUUCUCCUUAUUCUGGGUUUUGGAGCAGCUUCUUCAAAAGAAAAUUGAAGAAGAGAACACCUCAAGUACAGGGCAUAAUGAACAAGAAAUCAAGAAAUUUCUACAGAAGCAUGAUGAAAUUAUUUUCCAACUCUCUGAUACAUUUCCUUUAUUUACCUUUUAUUUAUGGAGAGUGGGCAUUCUUUUAAACUCAGCAGAGGUUGAAGUUGUUGAAAAUAAUGCACUUCCUUAGAAAUUCACCAAAUAAUAGAAGCAUACUAAAAUUGAAUGUAUGGAGAACUUUCACAUAGAAGAUUUCAAGAAUAUUUUAAAUAAGAUUUUAAAAUUUAUCUCUAAACAUGAUCAUUAAUUCAAGUUAAUUGUUUGUCUUAAAUGUAUAUAUAAUAUUAUGAGUCAUAUUUCUAUAUUAAUGUCAGCUUGAGAAUGCCCUCCUUAUUGCCAUGUAACUGUAUUUAUAAUGUCAUUCAAUACAGUCUACAUCUGUUUUUCUCUAAAAUGGACCAUUAAUGUGUCUGUCUCAAAAAACAUGUUUAAAAUAUAAAAGACUUCCAUGUAAGGCAUGUACCAUAGUAAUGAAUGAGAUAUUAAAUUCUGUUGUUUUAUCAACACAAAGUGUUCAAAAGAUAUGGCUGUAAAUGCAAUUUUUAAGACUUUUUUCUUACAUAUUGCACAUAUAUCAUUGUUUGUCAUCUUAGAGAUAAUUCAUAUAGAAGGAGAAAUAUUUUUAAAAUUUGUAAACCUCAUGUCUUUCAAUGUCAUAAAAUCAAUAUGGUUAUAAUGUCCUUUUGAAAGUACUGAUUAGUUGUAUGAAAUAUUCUACUUGGUUUUCAACAAGUAUUGUUUUGAUUCUGUUGAUCACAUGUUAUAUUCUUAAAAGUAUUAAAACAUACUUUUCAUGUAUAGUUAUUCCAUUAGGAAAAUUUAUGACUUCUUACAUAUACCAAGAAAUAUAGUUAUUAAAUGUAUUGGUUGACUUUUCCAGUUAUACAACUUCAUUGACUUUAUUUAAAUUAUCAAAAACACCCCCAAAAUCCUAGCAAAUAUUGCGGGAUUUCCUAUGGAAUUCCACCUAAAAUAUAUACAAAAUUAAAUAAUUGGCCACAACUCUUUUUGGAGUUAUUUAUAGCUUUCUUGAAAGCAUAAUGUCUAUUUUUAAUACUAAAACUUAGUUUAUGUCAAUCAAGUUUUAUUUGUAACAAAUAAAAACAAAGUAUCAGUGGCAUACAGCAGUAAAUAUUUUUUCUCACGCAUCUUCAGGUCACUUGAGGACCAGCUGAUCUGGAAUAGACUGCUGGAAAGAGCUCUGUUUCAGUUUCAGAUUUCGACAGACAAGCAAGGUCCCCUUGCUACAAGUUAAGCUUCGGUCUUUUCCCCAUAUGUGAGAGCUACACAGGAGAAGCUUUUUUGAUAGUAAUGACAGUUAAGCAAGAUGAAAAGGAAAUGGCCACAUGGAUUGAUGAAAAUACAUCAAAUGGUUCAGUCCAAAGAAAAGGAACAAGAAAGUAUAUUAUACUAUGAGUGGGAGAACUUGCAAAAAAAUUACUUAGAAAGGGGAAUGGAUGCAGAAGUGGGUAGAAAAUUUGAGCCAAUAAAUUCUUCUACUACAAGUACUCAUUGAACAUAAGAAAGAUAUUACAGAUCUUGCUAUAUGAGAUAUUUUUCUAAUGUUUGCUUUCUGUGAACACCUCUGAAGGUUCCUUUAAGUGACUUCAAUUGAUGACAUUACACAAAUCCACUUCCCAUGACAUCGCCAUCUUCUCUUCCAUAUGGAUUUAAAAGGUUGGUAAAUGUAUACGCAUCAGACACAACCCUUUUUCCAUUGUAGC